AGUUGACAGGGACAGGGAAAUCAUUCCGUAUACCAAGAGCAAGGCAAUUCUAUUAAAAUUCAGGAAAACCAAUAAAGCAAGCUUUAGGAAGGGUUUUCUGGCACCAAACAGGAGGGACAGCCACGGAAAUACGGAUUGAAAGUGGAGGAAGCGCUGAUGGGACAGAUUGGUUCCUUUGGGACUAGCCUGUUUACAUGUGGGCAGUGAGCGCAGUGGCGAACCUAAUUCGCUCCUCAAUUCCCCACCCCGACCCCCGCCAACACUCCGUGUCAACAACUCCUUGAUCACAAGCCUGUUUGUUGGAACAGGGUAGAGGGACUGAAGCAGUCCCAUUCUAAAAGAAGAAACUGACCGAGGGCAAAGAUACCUACUAUGGCGAGAGGAAAGCAAAACUUUACAGUUUGAGACACUUAUUGGAAAGAGGAAGGAGAAAUGGAAAAUUGGAGAAACCAGGAGCGAAGGACCCAAAGAGACAAGAAACGGUCCAAGAGAGUCCGAUUAGGAGAUGGAAACUGAUUUGGCUUUGCUAAAUUAGUUGUUCUUUUGCGUCUUUCUCUCGCUUCUUCCGGGGCAAGACGCUACCCUUUCUCCCCCUCCCCCCCAAAAAAAAAAGAAAAGAAAAGAAAAGAAAAGAAAAAAGUUUGCAAACGCGGAUCUAGUUCUCCUGAGAGCAGUAGGGAAGAGAUAAGAAUUUUUCCGGUUCAGAGAAGACCUGAGUGGAUAAGGGAGCUUCUUGCCAUACUCCUCAUCUCUAUCUCCAACCCACUCCGGAAUCCCGAUAUCACCACAAAGCUGCAGCCCUGGCAGAGGCACCAAGGUCCUGGGAAUGGCCUCCCACCGCUAGUCCAACACUCCCUCCACUCCUCCAAUUGGGCUCUUCCUUCGCUCCUCCUCCUUCCUGCGGGAGCUAGAGGGAAUAGUUUAUGGCUCUGUGAUUCACUGAAGAGGGGAAGCUGAUGUGGGGGGCGGGAAAAGGGGUGGAGGAAAUAGCCAAAAUUGCCAAAUAAAAAGGGCUUCCUAACAAAACGCACAUAGUUCUCAGCUUGUACCAGCGGCUGCAUGAGCAGCCAGGUGGGGGGCAAAACUGGCUUGGCUGGCUCUCUGCUCUAUGUGGUUGAAUCCCAGCCGCUUUCAGUUUACUUCCCCCUGGAGAGUGUCAAGGAAUUUGGAAAAGACAGAAAGAGGGAGGAGAUCCAUGAAAGAAUGGAGAAAAUGAUCAGCUAGCCAGCAGUCUCCUUGGAACUCCUGAGCGUCAGUUGUCUGCGGCUUGCAAAAUCAGCAUCUUCCUCGCAAUUUGGGAUGAGAAGCAGAAGCUAAGACAAUCUUUCCUCGUACUUUUGCCUUCUCAGGGAGGCUGCUCUAUGGAUGAAUUUCUGCCUGACAGUAGUCCCCUAGCUCUGUCUCAUAGCUAAAGAAUGUUGGGACGGCGACAUCCAAAAAGAAAAGUCCCAGCUUGCAUUUGACUGACUACCCUCUCUUUGUACUUUUUUUUUUUUUUUUUUUUUUUUUUUUAAGGGAAGGUUCUGGGGUUUUUGGUAUUGUUCUCACUUUGGGGGAGGAUGUUGGAAAGAAAAUACGAAGUAGAGGAGAGAACAGUUUAUUCUUACAUUGCCCCCCUAUUUUCGAUCCGCUCAUGCAUCCCUUCAGGAAGAGGAAGACAAGUCGUUAAAGUUUAUGCCAGUCCGGGCAAACCCCUGCUCUCCUUCGGGCUGCACCCUGUGAUCUACUGAGUGAUUUCGCAUCUGCAUGUGUUUGCCCAAGGUGGCGUGAAAGGCACCACGUGCGCCCAACAGUCUCAGCUCAGGAACGGAUUCAUGGCCCCCCGGGAUUUCGCGGGGCCACCGCCUCUGCAGCCACAGCCAUCACCUUUACAGGCGUCUGGGAUUUGGCAAGGGAAAAUGUUAGCUAUGGGGGCGCUGACAGGCGUCUCUGUGCUCAGCCUCAUAACCUAUGGCUACUUGUCCUGGGGACACGGCCUGGAGGAGGAAGAGGAAGGAGCUGCAGCUAGAGCCCCCCAAGGUAGAGAUGGGCCUGAGCCUAGCUCAUCUUCUACCUCUCAACCUCAUAUCGUCUUUAUCCUAGUUGAUGACCAGGGAUUCAGAGAUGUGGGAUACCAUGGGUCAGAAAUCAAGACACCCACUCUGGACAAGCUCGCUGCCCAAGGAGUUAAACUGGAAAACUACUACGUCCAGCCUAUUUGCACACCAUCUAGAAGCCAAUUUAUCACUGGAAAGUAUCAGAUACACACAGGACUUCAGCACUCUAUCAUAAGACCUACUCAGCCCAACUGCCUACCUCUGGAUAAUGCAACCCUACCUCAAAAGCUAAAGGAAGUUGGCUAUUCAACUCAUAUGGUUGGAAAAUGGCAUCUGGGUUUUUAUAGGAAAGAAUGCAUGCCAACCAAAAGAGGAUUUGAUACUUUUUUUGGCUCCCUCCUGGGAAGUGGUGAUUAUUAUACACAUUAUAAAUGUGACAGCCCAGGGAUGUGUGGAUAUGAUUUGUAUGAGAAUGACAAUGCUGCUUGGGACCAUGAUAAUGGUAUAUACUCAACACAAAUGUAUACUCAGAAAGUGCAACAGAUUUUAGCUUCUCACAACCCCAGGAAACCUAUAUUUUUGUAUAUUGCAUACCAAGCAGUUCAUUCACCAUUGCAGGCACCAGGGAAGUAUUUUGAACAUUACAGAUCCAUUAUCAACAUUAAUAGGAGGAGGUAUGCUGCCAUGCUGUCAUGCUUGGAUGAAGCCAUCAACAAUGUGACCCUGGCUUUAAAGAAGUAUGGUUUCUAUGACAACAGCAUUAUCAUCUACUCUUCAGAUAAUGGAGGACAGCCCAUGGCAGGAGGAAGCAACUGGCCUCUCAGAGGCAGUAAGGGAACCUAUUGGGAGGGGGGAAUACGAGCAGUUGGCUUUGUUCACAGCCCACUUCUGAAAAACAAAGGCACAAUAUGUAAAGAGCUUGUGCACAUCACAGAUUGGUACCCAACACUGAUCACACUGGCUGAAGGCUGGAUUGAUGAAGACAUUCAGCUAGAUGGUUAUGACAUUUGGGAGACUAUAAGUGAAGGUCGGCGUUCUCCACGAAUAGAUAUUUUGCACAAUAUUGAUCCAAUUUAUACAAAAGCCAAAAAUGGUUCCUGGGCAGCAGGUUUUGGGAUCUGGAAUACAGCUAUACAAUCAGCAAUAAGAGUAAAACACUGGAAACUGUUAACAGGGAAUCCAGGUUAUAGUGACUGGGUCCCCCCUCAAUCUUUUAGUAAUGCUGGACCCAAUCGAUGGCAUAAUGAACGGAUUUCCUGGUCUACUGGCAAAAGUGUUUGGCUUUUCAACAUCACAGCUGACCCAUAUGAACGAGUGGACCUUUCAAGUAAGUAUCCAGGGAUUGUGAAGAAGCUUUUAAGGAGAUUGUCCCAGUUCAAUAAAACUGCGGUUCCUGUCAGAUAUCCACCCAAAGACCCUAGAAGUAAUCCUAGGCUCAAUGGAGGAGUCUGGGGGCCAUGGUAUAAAGAAGAUGAUAAGACAAGGAAACCAGGAAAAAACAAGGCUAAAAAAAAGCAGAAAAAAAAUAAGACUAAGAAGAAAAAACACUGGGAAAAGGGGCAGUUUUCAAAUUGUCAAACAGACCUUACUCAUGGGUAAUCAUGAAAUGGUUUUUGGUGAAACUCAAAUCCAUCUGUAUUUUGCCCCAUAUUUUUUUCCCCAAUUUAUCUAUCAAAAUCAGUGCUGUAAUGAGACUAACUGAAAACUCCAUAGAAAGCACUAUGCCAAUGCAGAGCAGUCUCAAACUUGACCUGUCUUUUUGACAUACCAUAUAGAGAAGCACAAAUAGUUGUGUCAAGAAUUUUCUUUUUCAUAUCAAAGAUACCAUUCCCACAAUCAGUAGCAUUUCAAAUAAUGCAGUUUCCAGUGGGGUUUUUUUGCCUCCUUCAUAAAGGUCAGAUGUUGGCAUGACAAAUUCUGCACUUCAGCAGUUGGCCUUUUUUUUUUAAAGUAAAGAAGGAAGAAUAUGGCUAUAAUUGAGAAUCUUGCUACUGUGAAGGGAAUCAUAGGAUACCAAGCAUAACACUGAUUUUAUAGAAGUACAAUAUAAGGCCAAAUAAUUAGCCUUGAAAAAGGCCUAAUUUCUUACUGAUUUUUAUGUCUGUGUGUCUUCUGCAUUGAAGAAGAAAAGUUGUUAUUAGGUUUGGGUUUUUUGACUGAAGUUUGACUUCCAGCAAAAAUAAAUGGUGAGCCUCAUGGGAAACAACUUGUACCUCAUUUGAUUUUACAUGAACAAGAAGAACAAAAAAAGGCCUUUGAGCACACUGUCAAGAAAAAGAACUAUAGUUAUUGUUUAAUUGCUUUAAUUAAAAAAAAUGACACUUCUGCAUAAAAGGCAUAAUUUAUUUUUUACAGAGACAGAAUCAUUAUUUUACUAUCAUCAAUGAUGAUGCAAGUGAUGCUUUUAUUGUCUUAUUUUUAUUUUCCAAAUAGCAACCAAAAAAUUUUUUUUAAAUUUCUCCCUCAUAAAUGACAAAGCAUUGUAAAAGUCUGAGUUACUGUAAACACUGCUGGAAAGAGGAGAGUACUGAAGGGAAAUAACCCAGGUGAAGAAUUUGAAUAGGCUUUGUUUACCCAUUAUUUUGAAUGUAAUAAGAUGACUUUGCUUAAAAAUUAUCUGGAAUAUUUUAGUAUAGUGUCUAAGCAGAAGCUAAAUAACUUUGUUAUUUCUAUGAUCAACACUUUAUUUAUGUAUCUAUUAAAAUAGUUUAUUUUUAUGGCA